GUCGCCAGUCGUGGAGGAGCUUCGAACGUGUACGAGCGCCGGGUCCGACGCUCCGACGAUCGAUUUCGUGACCCCGGCUACAGCGACGCGCUCUCCUUUUUCCACCCACGCUCCGUAACGGAAGGAUUGCGCAACGAGGUCUCUACCCUCGGUCGUCGAAUUGCGCGGAGGCCGGUGCCGCGGCUCUACUCCUCCCGUCACUCCUCGUCGCCAACGCCUUAUCGACAACUCGGCCGGAUCGCGAGUCCGUGACGCUUGGCGGGAAAUUCAAAUCUGGGGAUGAAGGCCGCCGCAACGGGCUCGUCCGGCGGCUCGACCACGAGGACGACGCUCGGCUGUAUCGGCAAGUGCACCAGCGGCCUGACCGUCGAGCAGCUCGAUUUCUUAACGGAUCAUGUUCAGCGGACACUCGGGCACGCACAGGGCCGGAAGAUGCUCGCUGAGUACCUGAGCCAGGGCAAGCGGGACACGGACCUGCGUUGCCUCGAGCUCUACGAGAAAUGCGCCGCUUACAUCGAUAAGGAACGGCGCUAUCGGCUGAGCACUAAGGAGCCGAGGGUCGAGCCUCUCGAGAACGACGUCAACUUGGCCCUGAGCGCGGCCGAGGAGCUCGACGACGUUCCGGAAAUCAAUCUCGAUCUUCUCGAGAAGUACACCGACGCCCUGGCAAAUCGCUCGAGUGACUCCAUGAUCGACGUCCUCGAGGAGACAAAGUAUUGCCUAAUGAAUCAUCUACGGCAGGCGCACAAGGGAUUUCGCGCCUAUGUUAUGCAGCCAUGUCCGAAAUCCUAGCCCCUACCGUUCGUUCCUCUUAUUUCUUUUUCUUUUUUUACUUCGUUUUUUAUCAUCCACUUCCAGCUUCGCGCUACGGCGUACGGGCGCGUGAGUUUUUGUUCCCUUUACCCGCGUGAAUGUGUCCUCGUUCGUAAAUUACGGCGUUACAUUGAAUUUUUCUUGCGAGUCUCAAUUGCUUUGUAUCGAAAGCUACCGCUAGUCAACGCAUACCCGAUGGAAUUUCUCUCUAAUUCGUCGAGCUUAUUUGUGUACUUAAUAUAUUGCGCCAAGUUCUCCUCCUCCGUAUCAUUUAUAAAAUGCGAUUUAGUAAGCCAAUGCUCACAAUCGGUGUGUGAUAAUAUUUAUUUAAUUGUAAUAUGGUGUAACGCAAUUGUACUAUAUUAAGUGCCAGUCACACUUUUUAUUUAACUAUGUUAAGCAACACGCGGUGCCUGAAAGCGAUAUUAAUUCAUUUUAUCCAAAGUUUAAAAUAUGAUACUUAGGAUAGGAUUACACUCAACGUGCACCCCAUUCAGCAUUAUUUGUAAUUAAUUUGUAAGUGAUUUGCAAUUUUUCAAGAAUUCGAGCCGGAAACAUAAGCGAUACGUUGAAAUGUUCAAUUAAAUAUAAGCACAAUAUAAUAUCGUAUCUUACAUUAUUAUUGCAUUUAAU